GCGAUUUUUUUUGUUGUCGUUGGCAUGCAAUUGACGUAUUAAAUUCAUAAUUCGUAACGUGUGCCGUAAAAUUGAUUGAAUGGCGCUAAGGAAUAAACAAGACGAGCUAAUUCGAAGCAAACAUUGCUGGCAAAUCUAAUUGUUGAGUCAUCAUCACCAAUAACAGCAGCGUCUCGACAAGCUGACGAGUCUCUCACUCGCUUCAAAUGGAGGACUAUAAAUUCCUAUUCAAAAUUGUGCUCGUUGGCAAUGCGGGCGUUGGCAAAACAUGCCUCGUGCGUCGCUUCACUCAGGGCUUGUUUCCACCCGGCCAGGGUGCCACAAUUGGUGUCGAUUUCAUGAUCAAGACCGUUGAGGUCGAGGGCGAGAAGAUAAAGCUGCAAAUUUGGGAUACUGCCGGACAGGAGCGUUUCCGUUCGAUCACACAAAGUUACUACAGAUCGGCCCAUGCGCUGAUCCUUGUCUAUGACAUUAGCUGCCAGCCCACGUUCGAUUGUUUGCCCGACUGGCUGCGUGAGAUCCAGGAGUAUGCGAACUCAAAGGUCCUCAAGAUACUGGUCGGCAACAAGACGGAUCGUGAUGAUCGUGAAAUACCCACCCAAAUCGGUGAGGAGUUUGCCAAACAACAUGAUAUGUACUUCCUGGAAACGUCCGCCAAAGAGGCUGAGAACGUGGAACGAUUGUUCUAUGAGAUUGCCGCCGAGCUGAUUGGUCAGGCGCGCAGCAAGGAUGGGAGCAGUGCUGCUGCAGCGGCGGCUGCACAGCGUCAGUCCGAGGGUAGCGGCUCCAUUGGCCUGGGCAGCUUUAGUGCCAAAGCAGCGCAGAGCAAUUGCUGCGGGGGCAGCAGCAGCAGCAACACUAAUCCCAACACUAGUCAAGCCGGCUGAGCGAUGACACACACGGGGAAACAGGGACAACUGGCAGCUGAUAUGCAACUGAUUGACUAAAAGGAUGCUAAAGAUUUGUGUUAAAAAAAAACUCCAUUGGAUGUGUAGUUCUUAGUACGCCUCAUGAUUUUCUUAUUUAGUAUUAUCUGUUAUUGAUCUGUAACUGGAUCGGGAUAUGCAAUGCGAGCAUCACAAGUUUAUGCUUUAAUUUAAUGCACAUUUUUAUGUAUUAAUUGUAUAUUUUUAAAUGCAUUUAUAUAUAUACAUAUAUAUAUAUUUUUACAAAUGCGUAUUUAUUAUAAUUUUUUGAGCAAUACUUACUUUAUUAAGGCGAUUUUAUGACAUUCCAAAAAUUAAACACAUAUGUAGUUGAAUAUGAGAUAACGUCAAAGAUAAAAAUAACUCACUUUGUAAUUAAAUGAAUUAAAUAAAGUUUUAAAUGUGAAUGU